UAAAAACAUUAAAUAAUGGUAAACACUCGAUCUGGCGCCGGCGGCAAGGUUGUGAGCAACCGCCGGAAGCAGCGGAUCGCCGCCACUCCCUACGAUCGUACUCCGCCGAGUCUGCUGCCGAAGAGCCCUAGCUGGUUUUCCGGUAUAGUUGUUCCCUCCGCCCGCGCCAUCGCUUCUGGCGCGGGGAAAAUCAUUUCCGCCAUCUUCUCCGAGUCCAGCUCUUCCUCUUCCGAAGAUGAGGAUUUCGCUUCAGAAGAUGAUACAGUCAAUGAUAAUUUUCCUAAGCUCCCAUGUAAUCAAGAAAAUACAUUAAUCGAGAAAAUUGAGACUUCUUCAGAGAUGAUGCAACACGGACAAGAGCCUCAAUUGAAAUUGUGGAUGAGUGAAACCAAGAAGAUCAUUGAACAGCUUAUAAUGAUGCAUACCUUUUCAAGUGAAGAGCGUGAUAUGUUGAUAGAGGUUCUUAAUUCACGGGUUAUAGACUCGUCAAUCGAAGCAGGGGACAAAAGUUCUACUGUUGGCUCUCCAGAUCUUUUGGAUAGAGCUGUUCAGCAAGCUAAGAAAUGGUUUCAAGAGAAAAAAGCGGUGCUGGGUUCAGUGACAGAAUUGGCACAGGGGUCCUCCAACCUUAAUUCAACAAUGAUUGAACAUAACCGGAAGCUUUUUGCCUCUGGAUCAUGGAAUAUUCAGGAAGAACUACAGAGAGUGCGCUCAAGGGCAGAAGAAGAUAAUGUCUGCAGUCCAUCAACUAAACCUGAUCCAUCGCACUCUGCAGCUGCACAAAUCAAAAUAGGAUCUGCUGAAGCAUUUGCAGUGGAAGAGGGAUUGACUGAGCCACAGUCUUUAAGGAUACAUAGUCAAGAUGACUUGGUAGAUGCAGGAAUCAGCUGUAUAGCAGAUCUAAAGUCAAGGCAAUGCAGUAAGGCUAGUGAAGCACUGUCAUCCAAUCCACAUGCUUUUGUUUCUGUUAACAAGGUUCCAGAAUGUUCUGCGUCUAAGCUCAUUCCCUUGCCGAGUCCCAACCAUGGUGAUGAGCCAAAUUCUGAUCUGCUGUUGAAAUUUGUCGGAGGAGAGAGUGGACAUGGUUUGUUAUCAUCUCAAGUCAGUUUGUCAAGAGGUGUAACUGAGCACAAGGAUCAAAUGGAAAACCACAUGCCAUGUAGUCCAGAUGUGAAUAUCAACCUUAUGGAAGGUAAUUAUGUGUUUUUGAGCGAAUCUCACGUGGAAGUCCCAAGCAUGAGUGAAGACAGCAGUCGGACGAGUGGUUGUCAGACUAGUUCAUUUGGUAGGAAGCAACAAGGAAGGAAUGCAAGUAAACACUAUAGAAGGAAGCGGGGUAAGAGGUAAGGCGGAGAAGGGUUGUUUUGUUGAGAGUAUUUUGCCGAAUAGAAGGAUUGUAUAUGCUGUGAUAUGUCAGCACUUAACACUUAGUUUCUCUUCUAUUCAGCUAAAUAUUAAUAAUUACAUCAUCAUAUUUCAUAUUAGCAUAUUCCUUCA